CAAGCAGACAGCCUCCUCCGUAGCAAACUGUUAAAAAGAAGUAUUAGAACUCAAACGUACGUUGCAGUACAUAACACCGCGCCCAAGCGACGUCCACGUAACAACCUCGGAAAGGGAACCAGGCGAGAUGGCAGCGGCACGACUUUGCUUUGCCUACAGGACGACGCUUCUGCGCAGAUUACAGAUUCGCGGCUAUGCAUCGUCUAGCGUGCCCACCACCAAGAUGUUCAUCAACGGACAAUUCGUCGAGUCCAAGACGACUGAGUGGAUAGAUCUCAUGAACCCGGCAACCAAUGAACCCGUAACCCGGGUGCCAGUUUGCACAAACGACGAAAUGGAAGCUGCCGUCAGUGCUGCGAAGGAAGCCUUCAAGACGUGGUCCCAGACGUCCAUUCUGACGAGGCAGCAGUCCAUGUUCAAGCUGCAGAAUCUCAUCAAGGAGAACAUGAAACGAAUUGCUGCGAACAUCACGGAGGAACAGGGGAAGACUCUAGCCGACGCCGAGGGCGACGUGCUUCGAGGCUUGCAGGUUGUCGAGCAUGCGUGCGGAGUUACCUCUCUACAACUGGGCGAGACCCUGCCGUCCGUCAGCAAAGACAUGGACACUCUUUCCUACCGCAUUCCGCUUGGCGUCUGCGCCGGCAUCACGCCAUUCAACUUUCCCGCCAUGAUUCCCCUGUGGAUGUUUCCUCUGGCCUUGGUCUGUGGAAACACCAUGGUGAUCAAGCCUUCGGAACGUGAUCCAGGAGCCACCAUGAUUCUGAUGGAGCUGCUACAAGAGUGUGGCGUUCCGAACGGAGUGGUCAACGUCUUCCACGGAACACACGAAUCUGUCAGAUUCAUCUGUGACCACCCUGACAUCAGAGCAAUCUCAUUUGUGGGGUCUGACACAGCUGGCAAGUUCAUUUACGAGCGAGGCUCGAAGAAUGGCAAAAGGGUGCAGUGCAACAUGGGAGCCAAAAACCACGGCGUGAUCAUGCCAGACGCAAACAAGGAGUACACGCUCAACCAGUUGACGGGUGCCGCAUUUGGCGCUGCCGGCCAGAGGUGCAUGGCGCUGAGCACCGCCGUUUUCGUCGGAGAGGCCAAGAACUGGAUCCCCGAGCUGGUCGAGCGCGCGAAGAAGCUCAACGUGAAUGCCGGUCACGUACCAGGCGCCGACCUCGGGCCCGUCAUAUCUCCGGAAGCCAAGAAACGCAUCUGCGACCUCGUUGAGAGCGGAGCGAAGGAGGGAGCCAAGGUCAUCCUGGAUGGCCGCAACAUCAAGGUACCCGGCUUUGAGAAGGGCAACUUCGUGGGGCCCACCAUCCUCACAGAUGUGAAGCCCAGCAUGCGUUGCUAUCGGGAGGAGAUUUUUGGACCCGUGCUGCUGACUCUCAACGUAGACACAAUGGACGAAGCGAUUUCCCUGAUCAACUCGAACCCCUACGGUAAUGGAACUGCCAUAUUCACCACAAAUGGUGCCACUGCGAGGAGGUAUACCCAGGAGAUUGACGUGGGACAGGUUGGUGUGAACGUACCCAUUCCCGUACCACUGCCCAUGUUUUCUUUCACUGGUUCCCGGGGCUCAUUUUUGGGCGACAACAAUUUCUACGGCAAGGCUGGAGUCAACUUCUACACGCAGCUGAAGACUGUGACCCAGCUCUGGCGUGCGCAGGACUCGACGCACGCGAAACCAGCCACCGCUAUGCCGGUCAUGCGCUGAAGAAACACGAAAACCAUCAGUCAUUCCAUCAACUUCGUACAAAGAUCUUUUUCAAUAAAAGUGCUUCCAUGAUGUGUGAUAAA